GUGGAUAAGUGGGUAGGGUUUGGGUCGACCAUGGUCGGCUUCGGUUUGCUCUGGUCCAGCCUACCGGAGCGCGUCCGUGAAGAGGCUAGAGACAUCAUCACUAGCUGGACCCCCAUGCUGGCUUCCUACUUCAGCUCUUACGAGCAGAUCACCAUCCCUGAGUAUAAUGACGACAGGCAGUUCCAGAAGAACAAGCUCUUCGACGUCGUCGCCACGUACCUGAGAAGCAGAUGCAUGGAGGAAGCUCGCAUGCUCAAAGCCCAGCUCAGCAACGACGGCCGGGAGGACACCCAGCUGAGCCUGGACGACGACCAGGACGUCGUCGACAAGAGCUUCCGUGGCUACCCAAUGAGGUGGUGCCUGGGCACGACCUCCAAGAACCCGAGCAACCGCAUCAAUCCCUUUCCCGACGAACACGGGAACACUGUGACCCGGCACUACACGCUGGUGUUUCGCAAGCGCCAACGCCAGCUCGUGCUCAAUACCUACCUGCCCAGCGUCGUCCAGCAAGGGCGCGUGCUCAUCGCCGAGAACCAGCAGAGGCGACUAUUCACCAACCACAACAACGGCAUGGGUGGGCCUCAAGGCCUCUGGAGCCACAUCCCGUGGAAGCACCCGGCGACGUUCGACACGCUCGCCAUGGAUCCUGUGAAGAAGGACGAGCUCAUUGAAGAUCUCAAGAUGUUCCAAAAGGGCAAGGAGUACCACCACAGGGUCGGCAAGGCGUGGAAGCGGGGCUACCUGCUGUAUGGGCCGCCCGGCACGGGCAAGUCCUCCCUCAUCUCGGCUAUGUCCCACUUCCUCGGCUACGACGUUUACGACCUUGAUCUAACUGCUGCCGGCACCACCAACAACGAGCUGCGGAAGCUCUUCCUCAACACGACGGACAGGUCCAUCAUCAUUAUUGAAGACAUCCACGCCAUCAGGCAGGACCUAACCACCAUGUUCAACGACAAGAAGAAGGUGACCAACGGCGACGAACUGCAGCAGCUGCGGCUGCCCAGGGACAGCUGGUACGAGAGAGAUCGAGUAACUCUGUCCGGGUUGCUCAACCUCAUCGACGGCCUGUGGUCGGCGUUCGGCGGCGAGCGGAUUUUCGUUCUCACGACCAACCAUUUUGACCAGCUCGAUCCGGCGCUGAUCCGCGAGGGGAGGAUGGACAUGCGCAUCGAGAUGUCCUACUGCCGGCUCGAGGCCUUCAGGGUGCUCGCCGGCAACUACCUAGGCAUCACGGAUCACCCGUCGUUCGUCGAAAUUGGACAGCUCCUCAGCGAGACUGAGACGACGCCAGCGGUCGUCGCCCAUAACCUUAUGCCUCGAGGUAAGAGGAAUGCCCAAGAAUGCUUGGCAGGUUUAGUUCAAACACUGAAGAAGAAGAAGAAGGCCAAGACAGAAACUCAAACGUCUCGCAGUCGCGGCAUGAGUCCUGUCGAGAGGCCGACGUACAACCUAAGGAAGAAGAAAGAUGGACGGGGUAAUCGAAGCUGAGCGCUCCACGUUUUCCUGUGGCAGGGAAUACCAACCUGCAGCUUUUUGUGUUUUACCCGUUAAUUUGUUAGUCAGCUAUACUUUAGUCGUAGCCUAAAUAAACUGGUAAAAGACAUACAUUACUGCAGUGUAAACCUACUCAUGUUCCUUUUUUUUUUUGCUUCACGCUCUAGAGUUCGUCUGUGUUCUCAACCAUGUAAUAAACUGCAUCGCGCCAUAGCGGUGGGCAUAUAUGUUGUGAUUUG